UAAAAUUCUACGUAUUAGCUCUCAGUUACAAGGGAAAUUACAUAUAUCCGGUUUGGCAUCACCCCCCAGCUGCUUAAGAUAAACAUAUUGACAAACGCACUUUGCGUGAGGCUGUUAGAAACUCUCCUGAAGAAGGGACGAGAGUGCGGUUAAAGUGCUGGUUAAUUGCCGUGCAGCUGGGGGAGGGGAACCGGUUUGAUAAAGCGGACUGAGGGGUUGAACCAAGGACGGCUUCUUUCCAGUAAAGGGGGGCAUCGCUGGCUGCACUGUGGGCUCUUCCUGUUAAUCCCAGAUCGGACCAUAUAAACAGGUAUAACGCGGAGAGGACGUUUAAUCAAUCCACGCCGCAAACCUUGGAUUAGGAUAAUACACUCUACUCCAUCAAAAAUGAAGGCAGAAAUCAUCUGGAUUUACAAACUUUUCUUGUGUGUUGUGCUCGCUGUGAAUUCAGAGUGCAGGAAGCAGUCGUUACAGCAGUACCAGAAGAGUGAGGACACCAGGCUGCUGUGUCCAGACUGCCCCCAGCCCUCCAUGGUCAAGUACAGCCGCUCGCUGGAGCACUGUGCUCGCAAGUGCAGCAAGAACAAGAAAACCUUCACCUGCAGGGCAUUCUACUUCGACCAUCAAAACAGGAAAUGCCACUUGCUUCCCUUUGACCGCUUCAUGGACGGUGCUCACAGGGAAUACAGGGUGAACUUUGACCUUUAUGAGAAAAAAGAUUAUGUGAGGGAGUGUAUCAUCGGUUCCGGGGUGAACUACAAAGGCAGGAGGGCGGUAACCAAGGACAAGAUUCCCUGUCAGUCAUGGACUGAAUCCUUCCCUCACGAACACACCUUCCAGCCAGCGAGACUGGGCAAGAAGGACCUGAACGGGAACUUCUGCCGUAACCCCAAGAACGAGAGCAGUGGGCCCUGGUGUUUCACUACAGACCCAGAGGUCAGGCACCAAGAGUGUGGCCUGCCUCAGUGCUCCCAAGUGGAGUGUAUGAGGUGUAACGGGGAAGACUACAAAGGGCCGAUGGAUCACACAGAUAGUGGGAAGGAGUGUCAGAGAUGGGAUUCAUCCAAGCCCCACAGACACCCCUACCAACCUAAAAAGUACCCUGAUAAAGGGCUGAAUGACAACUACUGUCGGAAUCCGGACAACCGUCUGCGUCCGUGGUGUUACACCCUGGACCCACAAACACCCUGGGAGUACUGCAACAUCAGUGUGUGUGACCCAGGUAAUGACUCUGAUGUGGAUGCUACAUCGUCGUGUUUCAGGGAGCAGGGACAGAGUUACCACGGUACUGUGAGCGUCACCCCGUCGGGCGUCACAUGUCAACGCUGGGACUCCCAGUUCCCCCAUAACCACACCUACAGCCCGCAGAAUUACAAGUGCAAAGACCUGAGAGAGAACUACUGUCGGAACCCAGAUGGUGCAGAGAUCCCAUGGUGCUUCACUACAGAUCCUAACCAGAGACUAGCCUUCUGCACCAAUAUACCCCGGUGUGAGACAGAGAACAUCGACACAGAAGAUUGUUAUGAGGACAAUGGAGGGAAUUACACAGGCAAUUUAUCCAAGACCAGAUCAGGAAUUCCCUGCGGACUGUGGGCAAAUCAUAGCAACAGUGGAGAAUCCAGCGUGGGUUUGGAGAGGAACCUGUGCAGGAAUCCAGACCAGGAUAAGCACGGUCCCUGGUGUCACACUACGGACCCCUCUAUCCCAUGGGACUACUGCAAGCUCAAACGCUGUGAUAAGUCUCCGAACAUCUCUGCCCACCCAAGAAGCAUCUCUCUCGUGUCUAAGACAUCCUGUUUCAUCCACAAGACCACCCGGAUUGUUGGAGGAGCCCAGGUCCACAAGGCUAAGGAUGGUAGUUGGGUUGUCAGCAUCCAGAAAGGAGUUGGAUACAGUACAGACUGUCUAUAGAGCAUGGGACUAAGCUCAUGAUGAUGUCCUGUGUUCCCUACCCAGGAACACUCACUGGUGCGGGGGCUCGCUGAUCCGAGAGGAAUGGGUGCUGACGGAUCAACAGUGCUUCUCCUCCUGGUAAUCUCUC